ACCCCUAAAUCCUGAAAACCUUGUGUCAGGCUACAUAUAAUUUCUGUGUGUAGUAAGGUCCCUUAUCUGCCGUGCUACCAUGUGUUCUUAAUCCCACUGAUCGACCGUUUAUAAAGACGACACAGUACGGGUUGACUACAAUGAAUACAAUUUGCAGACCAUAAGCCAGAUCUUUCCUUCGAUUUCGCUGUAGCCGAAGGGUGAACGACAUUGACUAUAGAAAGUCAUCGCAGAUUUUCUGGGAGGCUUCACAACAGCAAUUUUGGUCAUACACCACGCUCCAAACGCGCUCAACAUGUCGUCCCUCGACGAUGGGAAGAGCUCUCACGGCUCGAAUCCUUUAAAAGGCCAACGAAAGCCAUCGGUUACCUCCGUUCUUAGAGAUAGAAGCGUUCCAGAUUACGAGGGGCUGAGUGCAGAUGAGGCUGCUUUGGUAGCACUUGGUUACAAACAGGAAUUUAAGAGAGAAUUCUCCCUUUGGACAACCUUUUGCGUUUCGUUCGCUGUCUUAGGGUUACUACCCAGUUUUGCAAGCACUUUGUAUUACGGAAUGGGGUAUGCAGGGACUGGUGGAAUGGUUUGGGGAUGGUUGAUCAGUUGGUUCUUCAGUGAGUAAAUAUCUAAAACUCAUGGAGGGAAGUGAAAACUGAGCGAUGUUCUUUCAGUUCAAUGUGUUGCGAUGGGAAUGGCUGAACUUUGUUCGAGUAUGCCCACAAGGUUUGUCGAAGUUCUACGCUCUGCGUGGGCCACGAAGACUAACUCGAUAUAGUGGUGGCCUAUAUUAUGCGGCAGCGGUAUUUCUCUCCUGGGGCUCAAACCAUUCUGGGAGGGUGGUUUGCUUCUUUAAGAGUGUUUGUAGAUUUCCUGGCUGACUUUGUAUUCAGGUCUUAGCGCCACCAGGAUAUGGGCCCUUUGCUGCUUGGAUCACCGGCUGGAGUAACUGGAUGGUUCAAGUAACUGGGGCACCAAGUGUUGAUUACGCUCUGUCUGCCAUGGUGCUUGCUUGCGCCUCUAUCACUCACCCCGGCUAUGUUCCACAAAAUUAUCACACCUUUCUUCUAACCGUUUUUGUAAUGCUUAUUCAUGCUUGCAUCUCAAGCAUGCCGACUCUCUGGAUUGCAAGAUACAAUUCAUUUGGAUCGACAUUGAACAUGGUAAGUGAUCAAUUUCAUUUGAGAUUAAGAGACCUACGCGUGUUCAAAGUAAUGACCGCAUCUCUUACUGUGAUGACUUUUCAUCCAUACCAAACUCCAAAACUCCACAAUGCUUACAAAAGACAGAUCGCGUUGUUCAUCGUAAUAAUCAUGAUCCCCGUCUCAGUAACCGGAACAGCUGAUACUCCGAAAUUCUUUCUCUCAAAUCACGUAUGGUCCGUUCAAAAUGGAACAGAUUGGCCCGAUGGAAUAGCAGUCCUCAUGAGUUUCCUCGCCAUUAUUUGGACCAUGUCAGGAUACGAUGCGCCUUUCCAUCUCUCUGAAGAGUGUAGCAAUGCCAAUAUCGCAGCUCCACGUGCUAUCGUGAUGACAAGCGGUGUUGGAGGCCUUGCUGGGUGGGCUUUACAACUCGUGGUUGCCUACACAGUUGCCGAUGUACCUGCAGUUAUUGAUUCGAGUCUCGGCCAACCAUGGGCUUCGUAUUUGGUACAGGUGAUGCCGCAGAAUACAGCAUUGGCGAUUCUUGCCCUGACUAUCGUUUGUGGAUUUUCAAUGGGGCAAGGAUGUAUGGUGGUGAGUACAUCUCAAAAUCUCGAAGGAAUUCAAUUCUGAUUUUUCCAGGCUGCGUCCAGAGCAACAUUUGCAUACGCUCGAGACGAUUGUUUCCCAGCUUCCAACUGGAUCAAAAAGGUCAACAAACACACAUAUACACCUGUAAAUGCGGUUUGGUUCAAUACUGCCAUUGGAAUCUGUUUACUGCUUUUGAUAUUUGGAGGAUCGGUGGCAAUCGGGGCCAUUUUCAGCGUUGGUGCUAUCGCGGCCAUGGUAAAAAAAGAUUGCCCCCUUUGUAUUUCGAGUGUGCUGACUUUCAUAGGUCGCUUUCACUAUUCCCAUCUUCAUUCGAGUGUUCUUCGUUGGGGAUCGAUUUAGGGCAGGACCAUGGCAUCUAGGCAAGUUCAGCAAGCCCAUCGGAAUGAUGUCUUGUGCGUUUAUUCUCAUCAUGAUGCCCAUGCUGUGUUUUCCAUCCGUACGUGGGAACAAUUUGACAGCCGAGUUGAUGAACUGGACGGUCGUUGUAUAUGGAGUUCCGAUGAUGUUUGUUAUUAUUUGGUGGUUUGUUUCGGCAAAAAAAUGGUUCAAAGGUCCCAUUAUCAAUGUCGAGGUAUGUUGUUCUAAGCAUGAGGAGAAUGUCGAAAACUAACAGUCCCAGCAUCAUAUGCUUGGAAGGAAUGAGGUGUAUGAAGGAGUUGAGUCUGCAGGGAAUGCGCCUAAUAUCGUGGACAAAAAUAGAGACUUUAGUGGUGCAAAUUUGCCCGCGGCGGAGGUAUGAGAGCGUUAUCGGGGAGUAGUUUGAGAAAUCUUGCUGUCAAAGAAUUAGCGGUGCAUUCAGUG